UUAGGUUCAACUUCACCCAGCGUCUUCACAGUCCGCAUGGCGCAUGCUCGAGUUAGCUUUGGGCUAGUUAACCAGCAGCUUCAGCGCCUGCCAAGUCCUGGUACUGGGUUUGCAACUAUUACAAGAUGGCAACCAAAGCGAAACGACCCAAGGUAGAUGGUGACUCAGAGAUGAAUCCGCUGCAGAACUUUCUACAGUGGUGCAACAGAGUCGGCUUAGUACUCAGCAAUAAGGUGUGUGUGAGUAAAGAGGGAACAGUGGCGGAGUAUGGGAUGCUGGCUCAAGACAACAUAGAGGAGGGGGAGGUUUUAUUCACCAUCCCCAGAUCAGCUCUUCUCCACCAGGAAACCACCAAGGUGUCUGCAGUGCUGGAGAAAGAGAGCUCAUCUCUGGAGAGCUCGUCUGGCUGGGUUCCCCUGCUGCUGGCUCUGCUGUAUGAAUAUACAUCUUCACAGUCCCGCUGGAAACCAUACCUCUCUCUGUGGACCGACUUCAAGACACUGGACCAUCCCAUGUUCUGGUCUCAAGAGGAGAGAGAGCGACUGCUGAGUGGAACGGGUAUUCCACAGGCUGUGGACACAGACUUGGAUAACAUCCGGAGAGAAUACACAGAUGUGGUUCUUCCCUUCAUCACCAAGCAUCCUGACCUCUGGAACCCCGACACACACACACUGGAGCUGUACGCACAGCUGGUGGCCUUUGUCAUGGCCUACAGUUUCCAGGAGCCACAGGUAGAGGAGGACGAUGACGACGACGACGAUGAGGAAGAGGAUGAAAAGACCCAAAACCCACCGAUGAUGGUUCCCAUGGCCGACAUGCUUAACCAUGUGUCUAAUCACAACGCUAAUCUCGAGUUUACACCGGACAGUUUGAAGAUGGUUUCCGUGCGCCCCAUUCAUAAAGGAGAGGAAGUGUUUAACACCUACGGGCAGAUGGCCAACUGGCAGCUGCUGCACAUGUACGGCUUCACGGAGCCGUAUCAAAGCAACAGCAACGACACCGCUGACAUCCCCAUCACCAACCUCUACCAAGUCGCCACACAAGGUAUUCAGUCUGAUCUGGACCGGCAGCUGCUGGAGGAGAAGUGGGAGAUGCUGUGUGAGACGAUGCAAGAGAAAGGAGCGUUUGUCUUUGGCAAACAGGGCUGCCUCACAGACACAGAGCUACAUUCUGUGCUCAAGGUGCUGUGCAUGUCAAAGGAAGAGUUCUCAGAGUUCAAAGAUAAUGAAGGAUGGGAGGAAGAUGAGGAAGACGAGAUUUCCCUCGCUUUCUCUAACGAAGGUCUCCCGGGAUUAAAGGCCUCGUGGAAAUGGCUGAUUCAUGAAGCAGCCCGUCUGACUGAGCGGUCCUACAGAGACUGGGAGGGGCAGAUUGAGGACAAGGCAGCCCUGGGACUGAGCAGCAGGCAGCAGAGUGCCCUGCAGGUUCGCUGUGGGCAGAGGAGCAUCCUGCACAGACUGCUGGAGCUCACCAAGGCCUGACUCCAGCAGGGAGCCAGACCACAUGAAUGUUUUUUUUAAUAAUCAAGGGAGGGAACUUAAAUGUCUAAAAGUGCAGUCAAUAAAAAAAAAUAAAAAAAUCCUAAAGCCAGA